AUGCCGUCCUUGAAGGCGGUUGCCGCUUGCGCGGCCAUCCUCAGCCUUGGCUUGGCUACUCCCAUCGAGAAACGCGGAAAGACAUUCACCUGCUCGCAGGUGAAGAGAGGCUCUGUCGUCAGGAACGGACCAGCUCAGAUGCUCAAGGCGUUCAACAAGUUCGGCGGUGUUGCUCCAACCGAGGUCUUGGCUGCUGCUGCGGCCGGAAAGACUGGUUCUGCCACGGCUGUGCCAUCAGAUGAGAUAGACUCCCUCUACCUGACGCCCGUCGUUGUCGGCGACACCACACUACAGCUCGAUAUGGACACGGGAUCUUCCGACCUCUGGGUAUUCUCUACUCUUCUGUCCGACAGCAACCAGGUCAAUCACAGUGUCUACGAUCCAACCGUCUCCGGUACCAAGCAGAACGGUUCCAGCUGGAACAUAACGUACGGCGAUGGUAGCGGUGCCGCUGGUGCCGUGUAUGCUGACAAGGUUGUCGUCGGUGGGGUGACGGCUACCUCGCAGGCUGUUGAGGCGGCCACUUCCAUCUCAAGCUCCUUUGUAGAGGACACUGACACGGAUGGAAUCCUGGGCCUGGCCUUCGGCUCCCUCAACACGGUGAAACCAAAGGCCCAAGUUCCAUUCUUCGACACUGUUGCCGACGACUUGGCCGAGAAGAUGUUCGCUGUUACUCUCAAGAGGGGCGAGGCCGGCUCAUAUGACUUCGGGUUCCUGGACGAGACCAAGUACACGGGUGAUAUCGCGUACGUCGAUGUCGAUACUUCGAGCGGAUUCUGGGAAUUCGCUCCGACUGGCUAUGCUGUCGGCAACGGCUCGGUCGUCAAUGCGUCGAUUGAUGCCAUCGCCGAUACUGGCACCAGUCUGCUUCUCCUCCCCGAGGCCAUCGUUACCGCCUACUACGACACCAUCGAGGGCUCUGCCUACUUUGCUCAGUUUGGCGGCUUCGUCUUCCCUUGCGGCGACGUCCCUGACUUCACGCUCGUCAUCGGCGGCCAGGAGCGCACUGUGCCUGGCGAAUACAUCAACUACUCUGCCAUUUUUGGUCCGCUGUGCUACGGAGGCAUUCAGGUGGAUACGGGAAUUGGCUUCUCCAUUAUCGGCGAUAUCUUCCUCAAGUCGCAGUAUGUCGUCUUCGACCGAACCGCCGAUACCCCUCGUCUUGGCUUUGCCCAGCAGGCUUGA